AUGCCACAGGCAAUGACACCUCUUUCUUUGCUGGUGCUUUUGGCUCUGGGCACGCAUGCAUGCAAUGUCACAGAGUGUCGAGACGACGUGCAAGGCCUUCUGCAACUGGUGAAACGUAGUGACCCGUCGUGUGCAGCCAGCCCGCACUGCAGCAAGCUGAAACUUGCCGGAGCAUGUUGCCCAACGAUCGAGGGUGUUUACCUCUACUGUUGUGAUCACUCCUCUUCGCACUCGGUUACUUCGAAUGCAACGAAGACUACGGAAACCACCACAAGCAUCCGUAAGAAGCCCACACCAGACGUGUGGGUGCCGAGUCACAAGACUGUUCCGGCUGCUGUGCAGCUAAGCUGUUCGGGGGAAGGCUUCCUGGAAUGCUGGACAUUCUAUACCGAGGCAGAUCCCACUCAUGGCUACAUCAAAUACGUGUCGGAAACAGAGGCCAAGCAGCUGGGUCUCUACAGCUUGCAAGACGGAGCCGUAAGGCUUGGCAGCCUCGUCGGCCAAAACCAGCCAGUGAAGGCUGUCCGACUACAGUCGCAGACACGGUUCUCUCCUGGACACAUCUUCGUCAUUGACAUCAAGCAUAUGCCAACAGGUGAAGGAACCUGGCCUGCCUGGUGGUCUUACGGACCCGACUGGCCGAAGAACGGAGAGAUUGACACCAUCGAGACGGUGGAGAUUGAGACUUACGUGCAUUCGACCCUGCACACCAGUGCCGGCUGCCGCAUGCCAAGCGUCUCCGGGAUUUUCAAUCCUAAUUGCAACGCUGGCAAUGGGAACGAGGGCUGCGGACUGGAUGGUCCUGCCGGCAGCGGUGGCUCAGUGUUCAAUGAGAAUGGUGGCGGCGUCUUCGCCACUAAGUGGACCACAAGUGGAAUCCAGAUGUGGUUCUUCCCCAGAGGUCAGAUUCCAGCAGACAUCACCAGCGAAACGCCCGACUCGGCGACUUGGGGAAAGCCUUAUGUGACCUUUCCGUUUGGAUCCGACUGUCCGUCCUACCACUUCGACGACAUGGUCCUGGUGAUCAACCUGGAUUUCUGCGGCGACUGGGCAGGAAGUGACUUUCCAGGUGGCACUUCUGCUUGCAUCGACUACGUGAAGGACCCAGCUAAUGCCAAUGCCCUUUCGGAGGCAUACUGGGAGAUCAACUAUGUCAAGGUCUUUGCGGCUGCCUCCGGGUCCAGCUCGUCCUUUACAGAAGCCGAAGCUGGAAGCGUGAGAUCCAUGACGGCUUAG